CGCAACACACGACACUAUUAUUUUGCGAUUCAUGGUGUGGAAACGAUCUAUGGCGGGAAGGUCCUUCACCUAAAUGGCAUAUUUUCUGAAAUACAGUUUAAUUCGUUAAAUAUAACAGCAUUGAAAAGUGCCAGAACAUCUACACAUUCCAUACAAACAAGCCAUGUCCUCACCAGAAAUAUCACCUGCAGCUUCUCCUGAGCAGUCCCGAGAGGUGUCGCCCAUGCCAAACAUCAGCCUGGAUGGUGACGAGGAGCAUACAUGCAGAAUUUGCGAGGAAAAGCUCAAACAACCCAAAAUCUUAAACUGUCUUCAUGUCUUCUGCCAGACUUGUCUGGAGAAUGAAAAUGAAGAUGCAAAAGAUGUCCUGUCUUGUUCCAUUUGCAAACAAGACACAAAAAUCCCACCCGGUGGAAUCGCAGCUUUGCAACCAGAGUACGUCAUUUCCGAUCUUCUGGAGAUUGCUGCCAUAGAGGACAAGCAGAUCCUCUGCAAUAGCUGCAAAGCCAAGGAAAAGGCUGUAGCUAGGUGCAGGGACUGUAUCAGUGGAAAUUACCUCUGUGCCAAUUGUGUCACUGCACAUCAGUUCAUGAGGUGCUUUGAUAAUCAUGAGGUUGUCUUGUUUGAGGAUAUGAAAGAAGGCGGACGUAAUUUGGCUCACAAAGUCAUCUUCUGUACCUACCAUGCUACUGAACAUGUCAAGUUCUACUGUAACACCUGUCGGGAGGCUAUAUGUGGUGAAUGUAUGAAAAGUCUGCACAAGCCACAAGACCAUCAGUGUGAAAAUAUUAGCGAGACAGAGAAGAAGCUGAAGGAUGAGUUGUCUAUAAUGCUGGCAGAGAGCAAGAAGAAGGUGGCUGUGUGUGAUGAGGCUCACCAGAAGUUGGAGAGCAGCCUCAAUGAUCUGCAGAUGCAAAGAGAUAACGCCAAGGGACUGAUUCAAGAAACAUUCCAAAGCUACAAAGCUAUGUUGGAGAAGAAAAAGGAUGCAGUGCUUGAAGAGCUGGAAGAUUUGCAUUCAAAACAAGAACUUGCCAUCAUGGACCUCUUCCACAGUGUGGAGAAGACAUCUGAAAAAAUUGAAGAUGGGUGCAAGUACACCGAGUUGCUGUUACAACAUGGCACUGGUCUGCAUUAUGCACUAAUGAGGAAAAUGAUAAGUGCCCAGCUGAUGUUUCUCAUCAACAAUACACCUAGGCCAGAUAUCCACAUCAAUCUGGAUUUCCACUCGGAUACAGAAGCAUUUCAAGAGGCCAUCAACAAGACUUUUGGCUCCUUUGUCAAGGAAGAGCCUAAGCCACAGCUUGAAAGACCCUUGUCAUCCCUGCAUUCCUCUUUUGAGAAUGAAGGUUUUAACUUGCCCAGUGGAGUGUUGAGUCCGGAGCCGAGUAUGAUGCGCCAGACCUCGACUCAAGCUCAAGAUUUGAUUCACAAUCAUUUUCGCACAAUUACACCUGUCUCGAUGAGAAGCAAUACGCCAGGGCCAAUUGGGUCUAUUCCUGCAUCUAUGGCAUCAGCAAUUGCAGGUUACGAUAAAUCUGGGAGUCAAACCAUGCAUGACCACAGCACAAGCCUCUCCAGGAAUUCCCACAGCCCUGCUAUGUCGGACAGUGGAAUUUCUGUUGAUGCAGCGAGCAACAACAGUGGAUCUAGUGCUUCAAUGAUGAACGUAGCAGCACUUGCCAAGCUUCAGUCAGUUGGUCUUCCACAAACUCCUGUUGGGACAGCCCCUCCAUCCAUUUCACAGAGUGAUACCAACUUCAAUUCUCUGUUAAAUCCCAGCACUCCCCAAUCGGAGUCGCCCAACCUGGAGACCCUGGCCAGCCUGUUACAGCAGCCCCCCAGCUCCCUGACUGGGGGCAUGGGCAGUGUGGGUAGCAUUGGAUCCAUGAGUUCUAUAGGAACCAUUGGCAGUAUGAAUAUGAACUCCACGAGCAAAGACAUGGCAGAUUCUGGAUUCAAUAGCACAAAUGGAAACAUGCCUUUUCCUCCUGUACGUCGUGGCAACAAAAUGAGUGCGAUGCAGAUCAGAUGCAAAUUUGGUCAGUUGGGUCCAGGAAAAGGACAGUUUAACUCUCCACAUGGAUUCUGCCUGGGCAUUGAUGAGGACAUAGUUGUAGCUGAUACAAAUAAUCACAGGGUCUGUUGUUUUGAGAAGACAGGAGAAUUCAAGUAUCAGUUUGGAAUACCUGGACGUGACGAGGGACAGUUGUGGUACCCAAGGAAAGUGGCAGUGAUGAGACCCUCGGGCAAGUAUGUGGUGUGUGACCGAGGCAACGAACGAUCUCGAAUGCAGAUAUUCACCUCGAAGGGAGUGUUUAUUAGAAAGAUUGCCAUAAGAUACAUUGACAUUGUUGCAGGAUUGGCUCUGACAAGUCAAGGUUACAUCGUGGCUGUCGACAGUGUAUCCCCCACUGUGUUUAUCAUCAGUGAGGCGGGCGACCUGAUUAAGUGGUUCGACUGCAGCGACUACAUGAGGGAGCCGUCCGACAUUGCUGUCAGUGGCAGGGAGUUCUUUGUGUGCGAUUUCAAGGUAGGCCAUUGUGUGGUAGUGUUCAAUGAAGAGGGUCAUUUCUUGAGACGCAUUGGCUGUGAGAACCUGACAAACUACCCCAAUGGAAUCGACAUUAGCGAUGCCGGUGAUGUUCUGAUUGGAGAUAGUCAUGGGAACAGAUUCCACGUGGCAGUGUUCCAGAGAGAUGGCUCACUCAUUGGAGAGUUUGAGUGUCCCUAUGUCAAAGUUAGUCGCUGCUGCGGACUGAAGAUCACGUCGGAGGGCUAUGUUGUCACUCUUGCCAAGAACAAUCACCAUGUUCUAGUUCUAAACACCUUGUACAUCACUUAGAUUUACAUGCAAUUUUACAGCGUGUAAAUCCUUUUUCGGUUAAUAUGUUUACAAAACUUUGAUUUAUUUCUUUUCUAACGUUCCAAUCCCAGAUGCACUAGAAGCAAAAUUUUGGAAAAUCGAACCAGUUAUUAAUCCCCCCAUCUUGCAAGUUUGGUGUAGGGGCGUGCUGUGGAUUUUCUUUGUUGAAUAUUUAAGCCAAUCAUCCUGCUUAAUAAUACCUUCAUAUUUUGUGUAUUUUCCAAAAUAUUUGCUGACUGGAGAACAAGUGCUAGGGAUGUUUUACAUGUAUGUAGUUAGUUAUACAGGAUUUAUUUGUCAGUUUUCUUUUGGGAAGUUACUAUAUUUUUCCUUGAAUUUACUGUUUGCUUUUAGUUGCAAUUUUUAACACAAGACUACAGUGUUUAUAUUGUCCAGGCAUCAAUAAUGCUGUACAAAUUUUUUUCUGGGAAAUUAACAGGUUUUUUCUCUCUCUUUUUUUGUAUGAGUGAGAGUUUUUGAUUUUGUAUGUGUCAGAUGUAUAAAUGCUAAAUGGACACGUGUUGUCACUAUUCAUAUGCAUUCCAACUCUUCAGGUUGUGACAAUUUUCAUUGGUUAACAACUUUACAGAUGCCUUCUGGGUAUUUAAUAUUUUGCUUAUUUUUACAAACAUUUAGAAAACAAGACCAAGUUUUGGACAAAUUUCCUUUAUUUUUAGAUGUAAAAAUUUUGAUAAUUUAUGACUGUUACAACAAACUGAUUAACCUACAAUAGAUAUCCAAAGAAAAGAUUAAGAAUAUGCAAGACUGUUGUCACUUACUUUCAAGUCUUUGUCAAAAUGGAACAUAAGGGAAAUACAAACAGAAAAUAGUGUAAUGAUCUCUUAAUUUGCAAGAUGAGUUUUUCUCAAAACUAUUUUCCUUUGAAAUAAAUCUAUGUAUUUUUGUCAGCUUUUACAGCGACAGUUUUACAAACUAUACCUGGGUAUUUAAGGAAACAUUUAAUUUUAACACUUUGUUCCUUAUGCCAAUUGAUUUUAAAUUUGAAUAUUCAGCCUGUUUUGCUUUUAAAUGUAGAGUGCACUAUGUCCCAGUUUUGAGAUGUGAAGUUUUGAGGUCAUAUCAACUUUGAUUUUAUUUAGUUGAUUUUGUUAAUCUUGUUCUGAAGACUCAUUAUUUAGACAACUAAUUGUAUAUACCCGUUACAGGUGUGAAAGUUUGCCAAAUUUAUAUAAGAAUACCUACAUUAAUCAAAAGUUUUUAUGGUGUAAUUGUUUUUUACACGUCUGCCAUAUAUAUCAUUGUUUACAAUUUAGUGCAAGAGUUUUUUUUUUUUCUUUUGUCUCUAUUUACAUGCUGAGAUAUUAUACAUCAAUUUAGCGAAAAAUAAGUAAUGUUAAUGGGCUAUGGCCACAAAAAGGGUUGAUAUAAGUACAGUUUAUUCUAACAUAAACUGGACUAAAACAUGCAUUUUUUUUGGAAUUUAGGAAAACAGUGAUCACCAUGGUGUGUUACAUACAUGUAGCCAACUAAGCAGAAAAAAACCCUUAACAGUUAAUGUCUGCACCAGCUUUGUUUAUCAACAUUUUUUUCUAGUCACAUACUCAAUAUCCUUUAUAAUAAUUAACAUGACCAGUUAUAUUGCUGUGCCUUAAGGGAUUAUGAUGAUUUAUUGUUUCCUUUUUUUCCCCAUAAUUUUUUUCUGUGUUCAAUCGUAAUGAAGGCUUUACAAUAAGAUAAACCUAUUUUGAAUGGUGAUGUUAAAUAUAAUAUAUAUUAUAUAUAUAAUUAUUAUAUACAAACAUACAUUUACAUAUUGUCCUUGUUGUAUAUUUUUCGUUUCUUUUAUUUUAACACGUUAUAUUUCAUUUGAUUAUAGAACUCAGAUUGCUCAUUGUUUCAUUUUGAUUAUAUUGAAUUCAUAUUUAUUUCUGAUUUUAUACAGAUUUGAAGAUUGUGCAUAUUUUUGCUUUGUUAAAUGUAAGGAAACAUACUCCUAACAAGCGAUGCAGAAUCAAUUAACAUUUUUACUACAGAAAUAUGUUGACCCGAAAUCCAUUCAGCUGACAUUUGCACUUACACAAUUUAUCAUUAACGGUUUCACUAAUUAUUUUUUUUCACAGCAACAUAGCAAAUAAAUUUAUGUCACUCCAGAUGAUAUUUUGCAUAUUUACGUAUAGAUAGCAGAAAAGGGAGUUUUUAUACAUGUAUUUGAAAGAAAAUGGCAAUCCUGCAAGAGGAAAGCACUGGAGCAUUUUUAUAAAGCAAUUCGACUUUGAAGAACUAAACAGAAAAAAUGAUAUAUAUACAUACCGUUAAGAAAGUGUGUGUCCCUUUUGAACACGCUUUUUGCUACUCUACUUAUAUUAAUUCUCUCAUUUUCUCAUAUUUCAUAUUGACAAUCUAGUUUCAGCAGUAACAACGAGCGAAUCA